AUGGCUGAGCAAUUAACAAAAGAAUUCAAGGAGGCUUUCUCUCUUUUCGACAAAGAUGGAGAUGGAACCAUCACCACCAAAGAGCUCGGGACCGUCAUGAGAUCUCUCGGUCAAAACCCUACUCAGGCUGAGCUUGAGGAUAUGAUCAAUGAGGUCGACGCCGACGGAAACAACUCUAUCGACUUUGCCGAAUUCAUGACUCUUAUGGCUAGAAAGAUGCACGACACUGAUUCCGAAGACGAGAUCAGAGAAGCCUUCAAGGUCUUCGACAAGAACAACGACGGUCACAUUUCCGCCGCUGAAUUGAAACACGUCAUGACCAACCUCGGUGAGAAACUCUCGGAUGCUGAAAUCAGUGAAAUGAUCAGAGAAGCAGACAAGGACGGUGACGGUAUGAUCGAUUACAACGAAUUCGUAACAAUGAUGAUGGCCAAAUAA